AAAAUACAGCAAGCGAAGAAGAACCACUUCCGGUUGAGGGUAAAAUAAACAGAAGAAAUGGCUGCUUUGGACGAAAUCAAACGUCUAGAAUAUUUAUCUCUGGUGUCAAAGGUGUGCACGGAGUUGGAGAAUCAUCUGGGAAUAUGCGAGAAAGAUCUGGCUGAAUUCAUCAUCAGUCUGGCUGAUAAACACCCAACAUUUGAGGAGUUCAAAGCAGUUCUGUGUGAGAAUGGAGCAGAUUUUACAGACACCCUCGUUGGUAACUUACUUAGGCUUAUUAAUACCAUGCGAUCCUCACCAUCUACAAGUAAAGAGGUCAAGGCAAAGAAUGAGCAGGACAGGCUGAAAGAGAAAUACCCUGCUUUAUGUAAACCAGACGCUGCUGCAUGGACGAUUCCACCACGACACCCGGAUAAAGAUGAUGAGAAAGUUGCAGCUGCAGCCAUGAGGGAGCUGGAGAUGCUUAUGCCAAACAUCUGUGGAACGAGCUCAGCUGACAGGAAUGUGCACAGUGACAGAGGUCGAGAUACGGACAGAGAAAGCGGGUGUAAGCGAAGCCGUUCUAGCUCAAAAGAUCGUGAUGGAGACACAAACCCGAAGCAUAAAAGGAAACGGCCGUCACGCUGGAGUGACCAUCCACCGAGCCCACGCAGAGACGACGGCGACAACAACAACAACAACAACAAGGACGACAGAGACUCUGACCGCUGGCGAGACAGACUUGUAGAUCGACCUCCGCCAGACGAGCCUGUUGUGGGCGACAUCUACAGCGGCAAAAUCAGCAGCAUUAUGCAGUUUGGUUGUUUUGUGCAGCUGGAGGGUCUCAGGAAACGCUGGGAGGGUCUGGUUCACGUCUCUGAGCUGCGCAAAGAAGGACGUGUCGCCAAUGUGGCUGACGUAGUCGCCAAAGGGCAGAAGGUGAAGGUCAAAGUUCUGUCAUUCACCGGGACCAAAGCCAGCCUCAGCAUGAAGGAUGUCGACCAGGAGACGGGGGAGGACCUGAACCCCAAUCGGAGACGAAACCUGGACACUGGAGUCGCUGGAGUCUCUGGAGACGAAGCCAUGAGGAACCCCGACCGGCCUGUUGAAGCCUCCGUCCUGGAAUUAGAGGAGAACCCAACAGAACGCAAGCGGCUCACCAAGAUCACUGACCUGGAGAAAUGGGAAAUUAAACAGAUGAUCGCAGCCAACGUCCUUCCUAAAGAAGAGUACCCAGAAUUUGACGAGCAGACGGGAAUCCUUCCCAAAACAGAAGAUGAUGAAGAUGAAGAAGUGGAGAUCGACCUGGUUGAAGAGGAACCGCCGUUCCUGAGGGGACAGACUAAAUUUAGCACGAACAUGAGCCCGGUCAAGAUAGUGAAGAAUCCAGAUGGCUCCCUCUCUCAGGCGGCCAUGAUGCAGAACGCUCUCGCUAAGGAGAGGAGAGAGCUGAAGCAGGCGGCCCGCAACGCAGAGAUGGACUGCAUCCCGACCGGUCUCCACAAGAACUGGAUAGACCCGAUGCCUGACUAUGAAGGAAGGCAGAUCGCUGCCAACAUGAGAGGCAUCGGCGCUAUGCCCAUCGAUCUUCCAGCGUGGAAGAGAUACGCCUUCGGUGGGAACCAGGUGUCGUAUGGCAAGAAGACAGAACUCUCCAUCCUGCAGCAGAGAGAGAGUCUGCCCAUCUUCAAACUGAAGGACGAGCUCGUUCAGGCCGUCCACGACAAUCAGAUCUUGAUUGUAGUUGGAGAAACGGGUUCUGGUAAGACCACCCAGAUCACUCAGUACCUGGCAGAGGCAGGUUACACCUCCAGGGGGAAGAUCGGCUGCACGCAGCCUCGUCGUGUAGCCGCCAUGUCGGUGGCCAAGAGAGUCUCUGAGGAGUACGGCUGCCGUCUGGGCCAAGAAGUGGGCUACACCAUCCGCUUUGAGGACUGCACCAGCACAGAGACGGUGAUCAAGUACAUGACUCAUGGAAUGCUGCAGAGGGAGUGUCUGAUCGACUCGGACAUGAGCCAGUACGCCCUCAUCAUGCUGGAUGAGGCUCAUGAGAGAACAAUCCACACCGAUGUGCUGUUUGGCCUCCUCAAGAAGACGAUACAGAAACGCAAAGACUUGAAGCUGAUCGUGUCCUCAGCGACGCUCGAUGCCGUCAAGUUCUCACAGUAUUUCUUCGAAGCUCCCAUCUUCACCAUCCCGGGGAGAACCUUCCCAGUGGAGAUUCUCUACACCAAAGAGCCCGAGACAGACUACCUGGACGCCAGUCUCAUCACUGUGAUGCAGAUCCAUCUAACUGAGCCUCCAGGUGACAUCCUGGUGUUUCUGACCGGACAGGAGGAGAUCGACACCGCCUGUGAGCUCCUGUAUGAGCGUAUGAAGUCUCUGGGGCCUGAUGUUCCUGAGCUCAUCAUUCUGCCGGUUUAUUCUGCUCUGCCCAGUGAGAUGCAGACCAGGAUCUUCGACCCUGCACCUCCAGGCAGCAGAAAGGUCAUCAUCGCCACAAACAUCGCCGAGACGUCUCUGACUAUUGAUGGCAUCUAUUACGUGGUGGAUCCGGGCUUUGUCAAACAGAUCGUGUACAAUUCCAAGACGGGCAUCGACCAGCUCGUGGUGACGCCCAUAUCACAGGCCCAGGCCAAGCAGAGGUCCGGGCGAGCUGGCAGAACCGGCCCGGGGAAGUGUUACAGGCUCUACACUGAGAGAGCCUACAGGGACGAGAUGCUGACCACCAACGUGCCCGAGAUCCAGAGAACCAACUUGGCCUCCACUGUGCUGUCUCUGAAGGCGAUGGGUAUUAAUGACCUCCUGGCGUUCGACUUCAUGGACGCCCCUCCGAUGGAGACUCUGAUCACAGCCAUGGAGCAGCUCUACACUCUGGGAGCUCUGGACGAUGAAGGCUUACUCACACGUCUGGGAAGAAGGAUGGCUGAGUUCCCUCUGGAGCCCAUGUUGUGUAAGAUGUUGAUCAUGUCCGUCCAUCUGGGCUGCAGUGAAGAGAUGCUCACCAUCGUCUCCAUGCUGUCUGUGCAGAACAUCUUCUACAGACCAAAGGACAAACAGGCUCUUGCCGACCAGAAGAAGACAAAGUUCUUCCAGCUGGAGGGCGACCACCUCACGCUGCUGGCCGUCUACAACUCCUGGAAGAACAACAAGUUCUCCAACCCGUGGUGCUUCGAGAACUUCAUCCAGGCUCGCUCCUUAAAGAGAGCUCAGGACAUCCGCAAGCAGAUGCUGAGCAUCAUGGACAGACACAAGUUGGACGUGGUGUCUUGUGGGAAAGCGACGGUGCGGGUCCAGAAAGCCAUCUGCAGCGGUUUCUUCAGGAACGCAGCCAGGAAGCACCCGCAUGACGGGUACCGUACCCUGAUCGACCAGCAGGUGGUGUACCUCCACCCCUCCAGCACACUCUUCAACCGCCAGCCAGAGUGGCUCGUCUAUCACGAGUUGGUGCUGACCACCAAGGAGUACAUGCGGGAGGUGACCACCAUCGACCCUCGCUGGCUGGUGGAAUUGGCUCCGGCUUUCUACAGAGUCGGCGACCCGACGCGCCUCAGCUACCAGAAGAGGCAGCAGAAACUGGAGCCGCUCUACAACCGAUACGAGGAGCCCAACGCCUGGAGGAUCUCCCGCGCCUUCAGACGCCGCUGAGGGCGCCUUUUAAACUCACUCCAGGUUGGACUCGUUGAGCCGGAUGUGACGGGGGACACUUGGUUACAUAUGGUCAUUAAAGCUUUGCUAAAGACAAACGGUUAUCAAACCGUAAUCAAUCGUCUUAUUGGAAUGUUUUGCAUAAUAUUUAAGAUUUCAUCAGUGAAACUUGUUUUUGCCUUGUUCGCUCUGUAAUACCAGUUUCAGGUGUUCACACAGUUUUUCCUAUUUAAUAUUUUCUAUGAAAUGUUUUGACUAUAAGUGAAUUAACUUUUUUUUAAUUGUAACUUUGAUGUUCACUUGUGGUGAUUACACAUAAACACUGGAUGCACUUUUAA